AUGAAGUUAUCAUUUUUGCUGCUAUGGCUGUCAGCCAUGGCGAAAAAGUCGCCAAAGUCGCCUAAGCAUCCCAAAUCUCCAAAAUCUCCGAAGCAGAGACCACCAAACGUGAACAACGGUGGGUGGGAUUCAGGAAGUAACAGUGGCUCUCGUCCACCAUAUGAAGGUAGUAACAACGGCUCAAGACCACCAAACGGUGGAAACAACAAUGGUUAUCCUCCUUACGGAGGGAGCAAUAGUGGCUCCCGACCCCCUUACGAUGGGAGCAACAAUGGCUCUAGGCCACCAAAUGGAGGAAACAACAACGGAUAUCCUCCGUAUGGAGGGAGUAACAGCGGAUCUCGUCCUCCCUAUGGCAGCAAUAAUGGCUCCCGACCUCCUUACGGUGGAAGUAACAGCGGAUCCAGACCUCCAUAUGGCAAUCAAUACCCGAGUAGUGGAAACAACGGAUACCCACGUCCUCCAUACCAACAGUACCCUCCUUAUCAAGGAAACAACUACUACCCUUCCUACAACAAUGGCGGGAGCACCUCAGGCAGUCGAUACCCCUCAUCUUCUCAAAGAGACUACGGUCAAAAUCGAUACAACAGGUAUAAUCAGUGGCAAAGUGACGAACCAGUUGCAAAUUUCCAAAACGAUGGCUACUACUCAGGUGGAAGUCGAUAUCCUCCAACAGACGGUGCCACUGACGGUUCUCGUGAUCCCUACGAAGGAACUUCAGGGAGUAAACCUCCGUCAGUAGGCGGCAACAACUCGGGAAGCCGCCCUCCUCCAGCAGGUGGAAGCAAUUCUGGAAGCAGACCUCCACCAAGCUCUGGCAGCAAACCUCCAUCAGUUUCCGGCCCCUGCCCGAAAACUCCGGACGUUGGAUUUCCCUUCAAUCAAGCUACUUGCUAUGAUAACUACAAUAAGAUAAUUUGCAAAGCAGCUUGCAGAAACAGACGAUAUCAAUUCGUCGAAUGCAAACGAAGCGGAUACAACGCGAACAACUGGCGCUUCAAGAAGCGUUGUUAA